AUGGAGAAGAUCUCUGACCAUCUCUGCAGGUACAAAGACUACAACUUUGUCCUUGGUUUGACAACUGCAGAGUACAUUGAUUCUCUCCAGAGCUUUGAAAUCAGAGACAGUGAUGUCUUCGUGGUCACCUACCCAAAGUCAGGCACCAUCUGGACUCAGCAGAUCAUCCUUUCCAUCUGUGAGCUGGAUGUGGGUCUGAACGAAUACCCAAACAAUCUGGAGAAGAUGCCCUGGCUGGAGUACAGAGAGGGUCGAGAAGAUUACGCCCUGCGACCUUCUCCGCGGUUCAUUACCUCCCAUCUCACCCCGACGCUGAUGCCCCCUGGACUGAAGGACAAGAAGGGAAAGAUCAUCUAUGUGAUGCGAAACCCAAAGGACAACGUCGUCUCGUUUUAUCACUUUAGCAAGAUCUGGGCUGAGCUGGAGACUCCCAAGAGCUUCGAGGAGUAUUUGGAACAAUACUUGAUGGGAAACGUUGGAGCAUCAUCCUGGUUUGACCACAUCAGGGUGUGGCACUCAAACAAAGACAACUACAACAUCCUCUUCCUCACCUAUGAGGACAUGGUUUUG